AUGCACCUCACAGUGGUCACGCAAUGUCGUGAACCAAGCGACAUCGAGGAUCCGAUCCAGUGGAGCGGAAGCGGGUGCGACUUUGCCGUGCACCGGUUCUUCCAGGAGCACUUGCAUCAGAUCGACGGGCUCCACGUCUGGAGCGAUGAGGGGUCGUUCAACCGGACUCGGAAGCACAGGGGUCGUGAUCAGGUUGGUCCCGUUGGCCACCGCCGCAGAGUACCACGAGCAGGUCGCUCUUUCCAUGCCAGCCGAGGUCACGGUCUUGAGCGGAUGGGUGUUGGUUUCAAUUUUCUGAUCGUUCUCGCAGCCGUCCUGUUCUUACCGAUCGCGCGCCGAGCAUACAUUUUCUGGCAGCACGAGCCGCGACGGCCCGAGGUCUCUCGGCAGUAA